AACAAGCACAAUGAGUAACACAACACUUCUUGUUGUAAUGCAUAACGUGAAGCUUAUGAAAUUAGAUUUGAUAAUAAUAACCUGUUUCUUACCAAAAAAUAAACGUAUUUUAAUUAGUCUCUUGGUUUAUUUGGGAAAUUCCAAGAUUUAUCGCACAAAAUUGCGCUACUUUCUUAAUCUAACCAUAGAAAUCGUAACAUUGACCAAUACAUAUACUAUGAAAUAUUUAAUAACGUUAAUUAUGUUUACGUAUAUAAAGUUGCAUUUCAAUCGAUUCCAAUUCAGGAUUAAUUGAUGACGGUUGAUUUCAGUUGAUUAGAUUAAUUCACUGUGAAUGUUCAGUCAAUUCUAUCUGAAUUUUAUUCUAAUCAGCUGUUCAACGUAAGUUCUCAACCAAUCACUUUAAUUAAUAUAGCGUUAUAAUUCAAAAUGAAUAUAUAUUCAGUUUGUUAACGGAUAUGAACAAACCCACCUUUAGUUUGUGUUUAAAUCAUCAUGAGUAAAAGUAAGAAAAUACAGUAUGGUUAUAUCCUAGCCUUGUAUCUUAAUAAUGUAAUUGUUCUCAACACAUUUGUUGUACUUUAUUAACUACUACUCUUAGAUUUUGUUUUUCUGUACUGUUAACAACUAGGUAUUCAUUUGACAAAAUAAAUCUUAUUCACGGUGGUGCAUACUGAGAAAAAGUAUAUUUCAUAUUCCAAUAGAUUGCACUACUGACUAAAUUUCAUGAAUGAAAUCUAUUUGUUUAUCGUUAAAGUACUUCGCUACUUAUUGUCUAUGUGUGGUGAUGAUGAUGUUGAUGGUAAUAAUUUUCAAAGAAUUGAAUGAAUCUAAAUGCCUAAACUAAAUCAAUAAACAAACAAUUAAAAUCGCGGACUAACAGAUGGUUACUUCAUUAUCGGUUGGUAUUUGUUAUUGGUGCUUGAGGGUGGUCUCCAAUCAAAAUCAACUGGUUACAAGUACUGGAAUAGGUGUUCAAGCUGUUGAUACUGUCGACUUUUUUCAUUGUAAGCUUAGCUCAAUGGACAGCUGUUCGAAGUUGACAAUAUGCUAGCCUUAUGGAAAUGAUAGUUUUAAUCUUGUGUUAUGGCCCAUUUAUUUUUCAGAUCUUACCUUCACACCGAAUAUCUUUCGAGUUAUAAUUAUGCUAUUUUUAAAUCUAAGUUUUAUAAUACUUCCUGUUUGUAUAAGACACGGCUAUGUGUGGGAAACGUACUCACAACUGUUACCCCUUCGUAAAGGAGCAUAGACUGCUCAUUAGCAUUCUCCGUGCAACUCUGUCCUGAGCAAUCCUUUCUAGUUGUUAUCCAUCCUUUUCAUAUCUGCUUCGAAUUCCCCGCAUAGUGUGUUCUUUGGUCUUUUUGUUUUCAAUUUCGGUUCAGAAUUCCAAGUUAGUCCUUGCCUCGUGAUUCAGUUUGAUGAUUUGCCUAAUGUGUGUCCUAUCCAUUACCUGAAUAUUGUAAUUUUCUAUCAAGUUAAUUUGUGGAUAAAGUGGUAUCCACAACAUACAUUUCGAAAAAAGUAAACCUUACCCAUCUAACAAGUAAAUGACAAAAAAUGCUCAGUGAAAAAUGUGUCAACUUUUGAAAAGUACAGGGUCUGAGUCUCGAUGUGAAGUUCAAAACUGGUAUGCCAGUACAUCCGAUUGAUGAGUCAUGGCUAAGAUAAAGUGCAUAUCCGAGACCCAAAUUAUAGUACUUAUCCGACUUUUAUAAAAAAAGUAAUCCAUAUUUGUUCCCUAAUUGAUUGAAUGCCUGAAGUUUUCUACAUGUAAAUGCGUGUACGCGUGUAUUUUUUUCCUUUUUUGAUUUUUAGGAAGUACACGCUCGUUCUAUCCACUAAACAUGUUUUCAUCAUCAGACGCGCUGAAUCCAUUUGCAGACCCUACUACUACAUUGAAUAAUUCAUCACAACAUUGUCAACAAAUUACUAACAGUACUAAUCAACAUAGUAAUAGUAAUGUUACUGGACUAACUUCCUCGACAUUAACUGAAAACGAUCAUGGUAAUAAGUCGAAAUUAAUUGAUGAAAAAGAUGGUAUAUUGAAUGAUGAAAUGUUCACGGCAAAUUCAAAUGUUAAGUUUGAUGUUGGUGACAAUUGUGGGUUGCCUUUCCAUUCUCGAUUUCCAAAUAUAACAAAAGGUCGAAAUGGUGAAUUCUUAUCAUAUCAAAAUAUUAAUUCAAUCAAUAGUCAUUCUACUGGAGCAAUAUCGAAAGUUGAACAUUAUGAAGAUUUCGAAACUAUCGACUGGGUCAAAGAUGUUUCGCGUGAUCGAUGUCGUCAUCGAGAACUUCAUUUGAAUAGAAAAACAUGCUGUGGUUCAAUUAAAGCCUGUUGGGAUUCUGCUUCUGGAUGGUUUUGUGUAUUAUGUGUCGGUUUGUUAACAGGUUUCAUUGCUUGCAUCAUUGAUAUUGGUUGUACUUGGAUGUCUGAUUUAAAAGAAGGUGUUUGUCUAGAUGCAUUUUGGUUCAACCGUGAACAGUGUUGUUGGUCAUCAAGUCAAGCGGAUGAUGUCUGUGAUCAAUGGUAUUCAUGGUCUCGUCUUUUUAUGAACAAAGAUCCAACUGGUGAAUAUCCAGAUGCUUACUUUGUUGGUUACAUAUUCUACAUUAUUUAUGCUGUAUUAUUUGCUCUAGUUUGUGUAUUUCUUGUUCGUAUGUUCGCUCCUUACGCUUGUGGUAGCGGUAUUCCUGAAAUCAAGACUAUUCUAGGUGGAUUCAUUAUACGUGGUUACUUAGGGAAAUGGACUCUUCUGAUAAAAUCGAUUGGUAUGAUUCUUGGAGUAAGUGCUGGUUUAAAUCUUGGUAAAGAAGGACCCAUGGUUCAUAUGGCUGCCUGUGUUGGAAAUAUAUUCGCACAUUUCUUUCCCAAAUAUGGUCAAAAUGAAGCUAAAAAACGGGAGAUCCUUUCAGCUUCAGCAGCUGCUGGAGUUGCCGUUGCAUUUGGUGCGCCAAUUGGUGGUGUUCUUUUUUCACUAGAAGAAGCUAGUUAUUAUUUUCCAAUGAAAACAAUGUUCCGAUCGUUUUUCUGUGCUAUGGUAUCAGCUAAUGUUUUGCGUAUUUUAAAUCCAUAUGGUAGUGAUAAUAUGAUUAUGUUCUAUGUCGAUUAUCAAGCACAAUGGCAUGUGAUGGAAUUAAUUCCAUUCGCUUUACUCGGUUUACUUGGAGGUAUUUUUGGUACAGUAUUCAAUCGAGCGAAUUUGUAUAUCUGUCGUUUGCGUAAAACCACCUGGUUAGGUAAAUAUCCUGUUCGUGAGGUACUUAUUGUUACGCUAAUUACUGCUGUUCUUUCAUUUCCACAUACUUAUCUUCGUAUGAAUACCAGUGAACUGAUUAAACUUUUAGUUAGUCGCUGUUCUCCAGGAUCUGAUUUCUCUCUGUGUGAUUAUCACUAUAAUACAAGCAAUCCAAUGACUAAAGUAUAUCAGAAUUAUCCUGCCGGACCAUCAUUGUCUACAGCAAUGGUAUUGUUGGCAAUCGCAUUGAUUUUAAAACUUAUUCUAACUGUUUUCACAUUUGGUAUCAAAGUACCGACUGGUUUAUUUAUUCCAUCGUUAGCAGCUGGUGCAAUAAUGGGUCGUAUGUUGGGUAUAGCUACUGAACAACUUGUUGUAGCGUAUGCAUCACAUCCAUUUAUUGUUAAAAUGUGUAAAUCAUCUCAACCGUGUAUUAAUCCGGGACUUUAUGCUAUGGUUGGAGCAGCGGCUACUCUUGGUGGUGUGACUAGAAUGACUAUAUCAUUAGUUGUAGUUAUGCUUGAGUUAACUGGCGGUUUAAAUUAUAUAAUUCCAUUAAUGAUUGCAGCUAUGGUUAGUAAAUGGACUGGUGAUCGAUUAACAAAUGGUAGUAUUUACGAAGAGCAUAUACGAUUAAAUGAUUAUCCAUAUCUUGGAUCGUAUGAUGAAUUAGAUAAUACAUUAGUAGCAGCUGAUGUAAUGCACCCACGUAGAGAUUCUAAUUCCCCUCUAUAUGUUGUUACACAAUAUGAUAUGACAGUUGGUGAUCUAGACCAAUUGGUUAGUGGAUGUGAUGUUAAAGGAUUUCCUGUUGUUGUUUCACAAGAUUCCCCAUACCUAGUUGGAUGGGUUUCAAGAAGAGAGUUACGUUGGGCUUUGGAUCGUGAAAGAAAAUAUGAUUCAAAUAUUGUCGAUGAUUCGCCAGUUCAUUUUGCCACAUUUCAGGAAGUAUAUGCAGAUGAUAAUCAGGAAUUGACACCUGUCAACUUACAAAAUAUUGUUGAUUUGUCUCCUACAACGGUAUCGGAUCAUACACCGAUGGAAACAGUUUUGGAUUUCUUUAAAAAGUUGGGCCUCCGACAAAUCAUUGUUACACGUAAUGGGUGUCCUCUUGGUGUAUUGACUAAAAAAGAUAUACUUCGUCAUGUUCGUCAUCACAAUCCAAAUAAUCGUUAAACAGUAACUUUUAACAUAACAUUGUUAAUAUCCUUCCGGUUACCUGCCAUGAUUAUUUUUUGUGCUUCUCUAUACAUAAAACACAUGAGUAUUUGUUCGUUUAUUUAUUUAUUUGUCUCAUUUAACGGAUAAUUUCCAUUGGUUUUUAUUGCACAUUAUCCCAUAAUCCGUCAUUAUAUAUAAUCUGUAAAAUCUUCUUAGAAUGAUUACACAUUCUUUUCAAAAAUUAUCUACGAAUGAUAUAUCCUUAUAUACGUAAUGUAUAAUAAAUGAUCUCUCCUGUUCUAU